AUGUCGUCGGUCAAGCCCCAAACCACGCCGCCUUCCACCUCGCACGUCCUUCUAUCCUAUCCUGCCGACCAUGUCCUCCUCGUCACCAUCAAUAGAGAAAAGCAGAUGAAUAGCAUCCCAUUCGAGGGACAUCUCGAAAUGGGCGAGGUCUUUGACUGGUUCGACCACGAGCCUAAUCUGCGCGUCGCCAUCGUUACUGGGGCCGGCACAAAGAGCUUCUGUGCGGGACAGGACCUGAUACAGCUAGGAAAGAUCCGGAGCGGACAGCUCAAAGCCACCCCAGGCCUCCUGAGACACCCUCUUAGUGGCUUCGGUGGGCUAAGUCGGCGCAUGGGCAAGAAGCCCGUCAUUGCAGCCGUCAAUGGAUUCGCGCUCGGAGGCGGCUUCGAGAUUGUAUUGGGCUGCGACUUGGUGGUAGCAGCACCACAUGCCACAUUUGGUCUCCCAGAAGCUCUCCGUGGCAUUUUCGCUGGUGCAGGAGGCCCUCCACGACUCGUCCGUAAUGUCGGCCUGCCUAUCGCAUCCGAAAUGGCACUCACAGGAAAACCCAUUACCGCGCAAAGGGCCAAAGAGCUCAACCUCGUCAACCGCAUAUCCCCCUCCAAAGAAACGGUUGUACAAGAGGCACUCAAGCUAGCAAGUGAGAUUGCUGCAAUCUCACCAGACUCGGCCAUUGUCACCAGAGCAGCUUUGAGAGAGGCCUGGGAAACUGGGAGCGUGGAGCGAGCCACUCAACUGGUACUUGAACAAUACAACCAUGGACUCAACUCUGGCGAGAAUGCUCUUGAAGGACUACGGGCUUUUGCCGAAAAGCGGAAACCAAAUUGGCAACCUUCCAAGCUGUAG